AUGGUGUGGAGGCGCCAACUGAUCGACUUGUGGAGUGCUGAAGGAUUUCUUAACCGAAAAUCAACCAUGACUUCAACUGAUUAUACGUUUGCUUAUGUAGGAGCGCUUCUUUCAAAUAAUGUUAUCAUCUACAAUGAAGAAAAGUUUAUAUAUCACCUUCAUUCAUCAUUUUGGUACUUGUGUAACAAAGAAGCUGCCAAGAAUAAGUUUUUCUAUGCAUUCAAUUGUCUUGCCGAUGCUCUACCAAAAGAAGGUAUAAACUACCAGCUGCGCCGAUUGUGCAUCCGAAAUAAUGUUCUACUUGCUAUUGAAGAUGCGCACGAUUCAAUUGCAUCUGCUUCAACGGUACGCUCUCUCCUAUGUACCGGUCCAUAUCAUCAAUAUCCUGUACCAUUUUGUUUGGAACAAUUAAGGUUGCUCAGGGUAUUGGAAGCUCUUUCUAUUAAAUCCUAUGAGUUCCCAAUGGAAGUGUUGAAACUAUUGCAGCUAAGAUACCUCGCCCUCACUUACGAUGGAAACCUCCCUACUUUCAUUUCCAAACUAUUCAACCUUCAGUACUUGAUUGUUCAUCAUCAGUACCGGAUCGUAAAAUCUGUUGGGAAUCCAUAUUAUCUGCCUAUUGAGAUAUGGAAUAUGAAAGAAUUGAAGUCUCUCGAGAUCCGGGGAAGAGACCUACCACAUCCUUGUGAAGGAUCCCUCCUAUCAAACCUCACAACUCUAACUGGUGUCGGUCCUCAAAGUUGUACCAAAGAUGUGCUUGAAAAAAUCCCUAAUCUGAAGGAGUUAACAAUCCAAAUCGAACUAGUUCCGGUUGCUUCUAAGCCCUUCAGUUGCUUUGAUCACAUUUACAAUCUGCAUCAACUACAAGAAUUAGAAUGUGAAAUUACAAAUCCUAUUUUCAAGGCUCAGACCUGGUAUUGCAAUGCUAUGCCUUUCGAGGCCCGAAGUGGGAGGUUCAUGACCACGAAUUCCAAAAGCUUUCAAAUUGAAGACACCGAUCUGGUGCACUGGAAGUUUGUGACAACAAAUUUCUGCUUCCCUGCUAUUAAGGUUCUUGGCAUCGAACAUUGCUACAAGUUAAAAGAGAUCUCUCUCACGUUCGGUACAUCUCUUGAAAAUAUUUAUUUAGUUGACUGCAACCCUAUGGUUGUGAAUUGGGCAAACAGUUUAAAAGAGGAGUGGGACGACAAAUAUGGCGAUCAUGGACGUCGAUUAUAG